AUGUUUGCUCGAUUCCUCCUCCUAGUCUCGUGCGCCGCACCACUCUUCGUCCAGGCCCUGCCCGCCACAGUCGUCGAAGAUCCGGAGUUGGCCAACAUCACCAAUGCCGACAUUGCCAGAACUCUUGUCAAGCGAGACGAGGCCUGCCCCGACGCCACCGGUCAAGGGUCCCAAUGGGUCAACCAUGACAAUGACGGCACCGGCCACUACACGGGAUCGUGCGGUGAUUCAGGACACAACUCGCAUCACUGCUGGAGCGACGUCUACGUGACCCAGACGCAGGUCCAAUGGCAACCCUGGCAGGAUUGCUCAGACUACAUUGAUUGUGCUCACGCGACUUCCUGCUCCAUCGCCCAUACCAAUUCCAUCCAGGCGUGCGCAACCUGGUCGACCUCUGUUGGAUUCAGCGCCGGGAUUACCAGCGAAGUCCUGAACAUCGGUGCAAGCUAUACUUCAGAGCACGGGGGGUCAUCAUGCACGACGAGCUCAAACACUUAUAGCCUUGGGUGGAGCAACAAUCAAUGCCACAAGAUCGUUGCCACUUACCAAUACGUCCGAGUCUGGGGAUACGUUCGUCGCACCUGUAAAUCGCCCCUGAACGGUGAGCCUCAGCGCGGUGAUGGCGAUUACACUCGUGGCUGGACCGAUUGGCAAGCGGACUUUCCUACCGGGAAGUGGGACUACAGCGGCAAAUAUCACUGCAGCACCGACGCCAGCCAAAGAAUACAGGAUCUUCCUGCCGCCAGCCAGAUCUAUCGUGUUUGGUCCUAG